UGGAUGGUGAUACUGCUCCUCGCAGGAAGGCUGGCGGCAGCAAUUGCCGAGCAAGAACCGCCCAUCACAAUUCAUCCAGACUGCCCCAGCCAGUGCGGGGACAUGAGCAUUCCGUACCCCUUUGGCAUGAAACCUGGCUGCUUCCUCCCGGGCUUCGAGGUCACCUGCAACGACACAUUCAUUCCUCAUCGCGCCUUCAUCGCGUACGGAGCAUUCCAGCAGAGUAUGACGGGGUUCUACACUCCUCCAGACCAAGGCAACGAGACUUUCGUACUGAAUGAUGGGCUGGUUAAUACACCGAUGGAGCUCAUGGACAUCUCGCUCUCUUCAGCUUACGUGCGGGCAUAUGCCAUGGUGAGCUCCGACUGCAAAAUAAACUCAACCCACCACUCCUUCGUCCGUCGUCGAACAUAUGCCCCCGCUCCUUCUUUUCUCAUCUCAGCAAGCCACAAUGUUCUCAUCGGCGUCGGAUUGAACGUCGAGGCUGAGCUCUCCGACUCGAUGCAUGGCACCUUUGGAACCGAAAUAAGCAGGUGCACUUCCCUUCCUACCAGAGUAAUCGCCAAAGAUGGCCCGUGCAGAGGUCAAGGCUGCUGUGAGGCUGCCCUACCCAAUGACGUGCCAUUCAUAGCGCCGGUGGCUGACAAGAAGAGGACAGAGUGGUGGAGGGCCGGCACCAACUGCUCCACAGCAAUGCUGGUGCACAAGGGAUGGUACAACUACUCCUCGGCGGAUGUCUACGGCGGCGAGGCCUACUUCUCCAACAAAUUCCCCAAGGGCGUCCCCCAAGUUUUCGACUUUGCCAUCGGGAAUGGUUCUUGCCCUGCGCAAGGCCAGCCCUCACCCCAGGGCUAUGCGUGUCUCAGCGGCAACAGCUCGUGCCUCGACGCUACCAACAGGACCGGUUAUGUCUGCAAAUGUUGGGAGCACUACGAUGGCAACCCUUAUGUUCCUGGUGGAUGCCAAGACAUCGAUGAGUGUGUUCUACGGGAGCGGCAUCCUCAGCUCCAAGCUCUGUACCCAUGCUCAAGUGGCGGGAUCUGCAAGGACAGGUUAGGAGGCUACGACUGUCCUUGCAAGCCCGGGAUGAAAGGCGACGGUAAGACAGGAACCUGCACCGAGAAAUUCCCGCUACCAGCUAAGGUGGCUGUAGGCGUUGUAGGUGGUAUUUCUAUCGCUUUUGUCCUUGUGCUGUUUGUUCUUUUCAUGAGUGAGAGGAAAAAGAUGAGACAAUCUUUCAUAAGAAAUGGUGGUCCUUUACUGGAGAAAAUAAACAAUAUCAAGAUCUUCAGAGAGGCGGAGCUAAAGAGAAUCACAAAAAACUAUAGCCAUGUCCUUGGAAGUGGUGCCUUUGGUGUGGUAUACAAGGGGUUUCUUGAUGAUAGACAUAUAGCAGUGAAGAAGUCCAAAAAUAUCACUAAAGCACAGAAGGACCAGUUUACAAAUGAGGUCAUUGUCCAAUCACGAGUUAUCCACAAGAACAUCGUGAGACUCAUAGGUUGCUGUUUAGAGGUUGAUGUUCCUAUUUUGGUAUAUGAGUUUAUCUCCAAUGGUAGCCUUGAAGACAUCCUCUAUGAUAAAAGCAGAAUUCCUCUCACAAUUGAUCAACGUUUAGUCAUUGCUGCGGAAUCUGCAGAAGGUCUCGCUUAUAUGCAUUCGAAGACAUCUGCCAACAUCCAACAUGGUGAUGUUAAACCAGCAAACAUACUUUUGGAUGAUACUUAUACACCAAAAAUAUCAGAUUUUGGAAUAUCAAGGUUAAUUGCCAGAGGUGAUGCACAGCACAGCGAAGAGGUCAUUGGUGACAACAAUUACAUGGACCCAGUCUAUCGAGAAACUGGCCUGUUGACCGACAAAAGUGACGUUUAUAGCUUUGGUCUUGUGCUCUUUGAGCUCAUCACUGGAAAGAAAGCAAAUUGUGGUGAUAAUUGCAGCUUUGUUCUCAAUCACCUUGGCACAUACACAAGAGAUAACAGAGCAAAUGUCAUGUAUGACAUGAAAAUCAAAGAAGAGAAGGACUUUGAGCUUCUGCAAAUUCUUGCUGAGAUUGCCAGAAAGUGCUUACACCAUAAUGUCGAGGAAAGGCCAGAGAUGACAGAUAUAGCUGAAAGUCUCCAGAAUAUCAGAAAAGCACGCAAUAAAUAGAGAAAGUACCAUGCAUGCAGGCAUCUCUCCAAUUGAUGGAUAUAGCAGCAGAGCUGCUCGUUGAUUCUCGUUCCUUCUCCCUCAACAGGAAGCUCAUGCUCUCCACAUUUAUCUUUCUAUUUCGUUUAUUCUUCUGUCAGUUCAUUGAAGAACAAUAUCUAGGUUGACUCCAUGUUGACCAUGUGAACCUUGUCAUUGUUGUUUUGUAUUGUAAGCAUGACAUCAUAUA